AUAGUUUCUUUAUAUAAAUGUGUGUUUUUUGUCUUGCUAGGCCAAUAGUCAACUUUCUAGGUUGGUUGAUUGUUUGUCUCGCUAGCUCAUAAUUUGAGAUUAAUUGCUGAAUUUAAAUUUAAUGUUCCUUUUCAACAGUCAACAUAUAUUUCAUUGUAUCAAACGUCUUAAAUUUUGAGGAAUCUGUUAUAAACUGCAAACAUAUCGUCUGACCAGUUCUCUCGUCUAUUUGUAUUCCAGUUUCAUUGUUUUUUCUUUGGUUUGCUUUUAGUUGACAAUCAUGAUUUUAAUCACAUUUAUUGGUGUUAACUUGAUUAAUCUUUAUUUGUUCAGAGGAGCUAUGGCUAUGGAUUGUGACCAGCAGUUGCUUGAUUCUGACGAGUGUCUCAAGAAGUUAGUUUAUUUUACUGAUUGGAAUUUAACAUUUGUCCAGAAUGAACAGGAUAUGGUCCAUCAUUGCAAACUUGUGAAGGAAACAGCGACCUGCGUUCGUGCAUAUAAAAAGUGUUUACAUGGUUUACCUCGGGAAAUGUUUAAUUUAGUUUCACAAAAUAGUCGUCAAAUUAUCAGUGAAAGAUGUGAUUCAACUGAAGGAAGAUCCCAAUUUCUGGGUCACAUUCGAUGUCUAGAUGAUGAAACCAACAAAUUAACGGGUUGCUUGAACAAAGUUAUCGCCAUGUUACAAUAUACAGCCGAUAAAGUGGACGGAGAUGAAAAGGAAAUUUUAACCGCUUCAUGUUGCGCUGCUCAUUACAUUUUUAAUUGUUUCGUGAAAGGAAUAGACGAAGACUGUAAACAUAAAACUGGAGUUGAAGCUGGACCCUAUUUAGCUGAAAAAAUCAAUCAAAUGAUCGCUGGAGUAUUUGAUGUGGCCUGCAAAAACUAUCCCUCGAUUGAAGUCUGUGAAGCGCAACACCCUGACCUAAUGCAGCACUUCCACCAGUUAGCCGGUGAAGGCUUCGAACGUCAAAAGGUUUCAAUUUUGGUUCCCUUGAUCAAAAUUGCCCAUAAAAUUAAAUACGAAUAGUAAUAUAAUGUAAUACUCAGACAGAAUUUUCAGAAAUCUGAUUUUAAGGUAUGAUUGCAUACACUAUUGUAAGAUCAAUUGCUUGGUUUACUUUUUAGAUUUACAAAAAUCGUUCGUUUUUUAGUUUAUAACAAUCUAAUUGACAACAAAAGCUUCAGAGUUUGAUCAAUAAUAAAUGGAUGUAUAACCAUUAAUUGAAAUCAAUUGAAAUUUAGUUGGACUUGGAAGCAAAAAGAAGUGAAAUUUUAUGCAUUCUGAUUUUGAUUGACUUUAUUAUUAUGGAUUGUUGAGAUCGCAUUUUGAAUUUAAAAAUUUGAUUCAAUUGAUUAACAGUAACAAUAACAACGAUAAUUAUAAUUGAAAA